GCACGCCCGGAGGUCGCGAUGGCGGAUGUGUCCGAGAGGACGUUGCAGCUGACGGUGCUGGUGGCUUUCGCCUCCGGCGUGCUAGUGGGCUGGCAGGCGAACCGGCUGCGAAGGCGCUACCUGGACUGGAGGAAGCGGAGGCUGCAGGACAAGCUGGCGGUGAUGCAGAAGAAGCUGGACCUGGCCUGAGCCCGCGCUGCCGGCUCUGCGCGUCCCCGGGCGGCCGCGUCCCCUCCCCGCCGCGGCGACUGGGGCCGGGUGUGCCCGCCGCGCCCCGCCCCGCCGCGCUCGCAGUGUCGUGUUGAAGAUGGAUCUAGAGCCCUGAAUGGAACUAAUCUCUUCUUGUAAAUUAUGAGUAAAUUUUAUUUUUAAAUAAAAUAUCGACAUCUUUGAAUCUUUCGUCAAAGGGAAAA